AUGAUCCAGGCUCCCAUUGUGCUUCGUGUGAGGAAAAGGCGGAAGCCGGUGGAAGACAAGGUUUCCAGGCCUGAAAAGGUGAAGUUUCAGGAUGCAAGACUGUAUCUGGUGGAGAGGAAAAUGGGAAACAGCAGGAGAAGCUUUCUGACCCAACUGGCCAGGUCAAAGGGCUUUAUUGUGGAGGAUGUCCUCAGCGAUGCGGUCACUCAUGUUGUGUCAGAGAACAGCCAGGCUUUGUCACUGUGGACGUGGCUGAAGGGCUGUGAUCUAAAGAAUCUACCCAGCAUGCACGUGUUGGACAUCAGCUGGUUCACUGACAGCAUGAGAGAGGGGAGGCCUGUUGCUGUCGAGACCAGACAUCUCGUUCAGGACACCGUGGCCGCAAUUCCAGAAAGUUCUUCACCCACUCCUGAGGUGAAAGUUUCCCGAUACGCCUGCCAGAGACCGACUAGCACGGAAAACUACAACACGACUUUCACAGAUGCGUUUGAAGUCAUGGCACAGAGCUAUGAAUUCAGCGAGAUUGAAGGUUCAUGUCUGGCCUUCAGGAGAGCUGCUUCGGUCCUGAAGAGUCUGCCUAGUGUGGUGCGCUCUCUGGGGGAGGUUCAGGAUCUGCCCUGCCUCGGAGACCAUACUAAGGCGGUCAUAGAGGAUAUUCUUCAAUAUGGCCGUUCGUUUGAAGUAGAGAAAAUACUGUCUGAUGAAAGGUAUCAGACGCUGAAGCUGUUCACAAGUGUGUUUGGGGUUGGACCGAAGACGGCGGAGAAGUGGUACCGCAGAGGGCUGCGCUCAUUCAGCGGCAUCCUGACGGAUCCCAGCAUCAAUCUCAACCAGAUGCAGCAAACUGGUUUUCUGCAUUAUGAAGACAUCUCCAGGGCUGUCAGUAAGGCAGAGGCCCGAGCCCUUGGGAACAUUAUUGACGGAGCUGUCCACGCAAUCACAUCGGACGCCAUAACGGCACUGACAGGUGGCUUUCGAAGGGGGAAGGAAUUUGGACAUGAUGUUGACUUCAUUGUGACCACACCAGAGACUGGGAGGGAGAAGAGUCUCUUACCAGACAUCAUCGACAGAUUCAAACAAGAAGGCAUUUUGCUGUAUUAUGAUUACCAGGCCUCCACCUUUGAAUGGUCCAAGCUUCCCAGCCUCAGGUUUGAGGCUAUGGAUCACUUUGCAAAGUGCUUCCUGAUCUUGAGGCUGAAGGCAAGCCAAGUGGAGGGAGGUCUCAAUUGUGCAGAGGAAGACAACAGGGGCUGGAGGGCUGUGCGUGUGGACCUGGUGUCACCGCCUCUGGAUCGUUACGCUUAUGCACUGCUGGGCUGGACCGGCUCCAGGCAGUUUGAGAGAGACCUGAGGAGUUUUGCUCGAUUAGAGCGGCGGAUGCUUUUGGACAACCACACCCUGUACGACAAAACUAAGAACAAGUUCCUGGCAGCUACGACUGAAAAGGACAUCUUUGCCCAUCUGGGUCUCGAGUACAUCGAGCCUUGGCAGAGAAAUGCGUAG